AUGGACCGUCUCUAUGCGCAGCCACCCUCCCCUGUCGUGCAAUGGUGUGACAUCGGAUGUGGUUACGGCGGCCUCCUAGCGUCGCUAAGCGCUGCAUUCCCCAACAAAACCAUGCUCGGGCUCGAAAUCCGCGACCGCGUCGCUGAGUUCUGCCGGAGACGUGUGAUGGAAAUGCGUUCCGAAUACCCCGGUUGCUACGGCAACGUCGCAUUCGAGCGCACAAACGCGAUGAAGUUUCUACCCAAUUACUUUGCAAAAGGAAGCCUGGAAAAGUUGUUUUUUUGCUACCCGGAUCCACACUUUAAGAAGAAGAAAAACAGGCAGCGCAUCAUCUCGACGCAGCUGCUUGCAGAGUAUGCUUACGUGUUACAAGAAGGCGGCGGCGUGGCGUAUGUGGUGACAGAUGUGCCCGAACUGUUCGAUUGGAUGGUGCAGCGGUUUGAACAACAUCCGCUGUUCGAGAGACGGGGGGAGAGGGAUCAUGCGGACGAUCCGGUGUCCAAGUUUGUGCGAGAUCUCACGGACGAGGCGCAGCGCGUCGAUAAGAGUGACAGGGGCAAGCAGGACGCUUCGUUUUGGAGAGUGGUCAACCCGUAGUUACGCCCGUAGUUGUGCCCGUAGUUGUGCUAUUUUCGGUCUCCUUGACGAACGAAAGAGGGUUACGGUUGAAGAUUCCCCAUUCAGGCAGGCAGAUCUGUCAAGGUGAAGUCAGCCGCACGUCGCGGAAAGAGACAAAUGUGAGAAGGCAAAUCGCGCGGCAUAUCAAGCGGGCAUGGACUGGAGUGCAAGUGGACGAACCAAUGCACUUAUAGCAAGGCCGCCGGAAAAUGUGAAAAACAUCACCAUGACGUUGUCCGAGAUGAAGGUGAAGAGAGCGGCGAGGAUGGUGACGGUCCACAUGAGGACCUGGAACAUGCGCUCGCUCAGUUGCUGGCCCUUGAGAUCCAUUUCGGUAUAUCGUCAACUCGUGCUGCGGUUCCGUGCUAUCUCCCUCCUGAUUCUGCAACACUAACGCUGAUUGCUGGUGGUUGCUGCUUGUCGGCUGGGGAGAGUGAACGCUGACCCUGCUUGGCUUUGUCAAUCUACUUGCCUUGGAAAGCCGAGUUAUCGUUUCUAUGACAUUCGUAUCAACUGUAAGUGAAUGGUGUAAGGAUAGGAUUUCUCCCAAUUGUACCCAAAUCACAAGUGCUCACAUACGGUCAUCCCCCUGCCAACUCAUGUUUCACAUUCGAGCACAGGCUGAAAGAUAGUUCCCGCCGGCGUCCCAAGCCCCCCUUUUUCAAUCUCGUUUGGGAUUUGUCUUCCACGCUUGCCCGCCAUCCUUUGCGUGAAGGAAGAACCCAUGGCUGAAAAUCUCUCUCCGAUGAUGUCCGAUAUCAACAAGUCAAUAAAGCCUGGCAAGUGCACCUUUCCGCUGA